AUGCCUCUCACAUAUGUUAUUACAGGCGCUUCUCGUGGCCUUGGCCUUGAAUUUGUCAAGCAAUUAGCUGCCAAGGGAAAUACUAUUUUUGCUUGUGCUCGUAACCCUGACACCGCUGAUCGCCUGGAGAAGUAUGUGGAUAAUAAGCACGUCUUUGCUGUCAAGUUGGAUACCACGGAUUAUGAAUCUAUCAAGGCUGCAGUUGAGCAAAUUAGUAACAUGGCUCCUCAGGGAAUUGACGUCUUGAUCAACAAUGCUGGAAUUGCUAGCGAAAAGCCUGACAGAGUACCCGAAAACAUAUUGGAGAGUGAUUUAAUGCACAUUCUCCACACAAACGUCAUUGGCACCUCUAACGUGACAAAGGAGUUCUUGCCAUUGCUCCAAAAGCGUGGUGCGGAUCAUGUCAAGAAGAUUGUCAACAUCUCUUCUCUUCUUGGAUCCAUUGAGCUCAUCAAUCAAGCUUCCCCUACUGGUACUAUGCCUUCUUACAGCAUCUCAAAGGCUGCUCUCAAUAUGUACACUAAAAUGCUUUCCAACAACCUUGCCAAAAACAACUUUAUCGUUUACAGCAGUCAUCCUGGAUGGGUCAAGACAGAGGCUGGCGGCGAAGAGGCUCCUGUAGAAGUCGAGGACUCCAUUAGCGGUCAGUUGAACAUACUUGAUCAGGUUACUGCUAAAGACAAUGGCGCUUUUCUGGAUUGGGAAGGAAAUGCCGUUCCUUGGUAA